UCAAAUUUUGAUCCAACAAAUAAAAAAGUUAAAAGGGAGGAAAAAAUAAUCUAUUCUCCCCCACCCCCUCUUUAAGUUGUUCAUUGGCCUUGGACCAAAUUACUGAUAUGUAAAAACACAGCAAAAACUUUUUUUUAUUAACAAAAAGAAAGAAGAAAAUAAGAGAGCAGCAUUUGAACGGAAAAAGAAAGCAUGAAAAGAUGGACGAUAAGGGACCCAAGAGAUUUGAGUAAAACCACAAAAGAAACAGGGAAACUGAACAAAAAUGGAUAGCAAAUGGAGUAGGUAAUGUUUAUAAAUGUAAGAGUAUGUGAACAUCUUGGAUUAGGGUUUAAGAGAAUUGAAGAUAAAAGUUGUAGGCAAGUUGCUUUUUGUAAACGAAGGAAAGGUCUGAUGAAGAAAGCCAAAGAACUCUCAAUUCUGUGUGAUGUGGAUGUUGGUGCUGUUAUCAUCUCCAAUCGUGGCAGACUCCAUGAUUUCUCCAGCACUAACAGUCUGACAGGGAUACUUCAACGAUAUGAAGGUCAUGUCGAAUCAGAAAAAGAGAUCUCUGAAGAAAUCAAGGUCGCAGAGUCUAAAUACUCGAGCAUGAAAAUGGGAGAACUGCUACAAACAACAGAAAGGCAACUCGAGGAACCUAAUGCAGAUAGUCUCCCUGUGACUGACCUUAUCCAUCUGGAAAAGGAACUUCAAACAACUCUAAUGCAAAUCAGAUCGAGAAAGACACAUUUGCUGCUUGAAUAUGUUAAGGGUCUUCAUGAGAGGGAAAAAAUGCUGCGAGAGGAAAACAAACUUCUGGAGGUCAAUAGAGCUUGGAUCAAGAAAAACAUAAAUGUGAAUGAGAUUUCUAUGGAUUUCACUGACCUUCCACCACCCCAUAUACUUUGUGGACAAGAGAGGGUGACCCUGGAUUUUCUCUAGUGAUUAUCAGCGUAUUUGUCAAAUAGCCUUGCAGUGGCUCCAGGAGAAUAACCUGCAAAGGAUAUGCGGUUCCUGUAUUAAGUAUCAUGCUGUACAUGAAAUAAGCAGCGACUUCAAAAAUAACUAGCAAUAUUAUAUUGUGUUAUUUCAAUAAAACUAAUUGUUCAUGGCCGUGAGAGCCGUAUCAAAUCAAGACAAAUUCUGAAUACUAGAAGUGAUGGCAACUUCUGCUUCUUAAUAUAUUAUGACCUUAAAAUUGAAAAGGUGAAGAUGAUCUUCGGCCCUCCGGCUUGUGUUUUAC